AUUUAUACCAUGAAUCAUAGAGAUUUUCGCCUUCAGUCUGUCUCCAAGGUAUGAUUUCAAAACAAAGCACACCAAGUAUGUGAUAUAGUCGAUCAUGUUAGGGUUUCCUUUUCGAUAAAGAAGUUCAGCAAGAACAUCCUGCCGAUUUACACUUUCCAUCAAUUUCUAAGCGGAAAUCAGAGAGAGUGUGAGAACCUUCUUGCGGAAAUGUAAGCCGUGAAUCGUAGAGAUUUUCGCCAUCAAUCCAUCUCCAAAGUGCGAUCGCAAAACAAAAUACACCAGCAGAACAUUGUGGAAGUACAAGGAAGAAGAUAAAAAGGACAUGGAAGUCAGUGGGACAAGCAAAUUCCCAGGCCAAGAAUGGUUAUUUCAACUUUUGCAGCAUGACUUCUUCCAACCAUGCAACUGUUCUCUUGGAAAAGGGUGUAAUUUUUAUUGUAGUGAUUGUUUGGGAAAUCCUUUCUGUAAGUCUUGCAAGCCUACCCAUGAAGGUCAUUCCAUUCUCCAGAUUCGAAAGACAUCUCGCCGCGAUUCAAUUCACAUAGAGGACCUCAACUACUUAUUGGACAUAUCUGGAAUCCAACGAGUGAUGAUUAAUGGUGCAAAGGCUAUAUAUCUUAAGCCUAAAAGCAAGAACCAACACAAUGGGAGUGGGAGAAGGAAUAAUAGUAGCAGCGAGAAUAGGUGUGAAUGCUGUACUGCAAAAUUGCUUCAAGGCAAUUACAGAUUCUGCUCUCUCUACUGCAAGAGCUUUAACGCCAACGUAUCUGAUGGAGAUGAUGAGAAUCACAAUAGCAGUGAUAGCAUUACAGAGAAUGGUGAUUCCAGAAGAAGCGAAGAAAAAUCUCUACUUGUCAAGAAGAGGAAAGGAAAUCCUAGAAGGUCCCCUUUGUAUUGAUCCGGUGACUGCUUGUUUAUAUUAUCCUUGAUGUUCAUGGGUUUUUUUUUUUGGUGAAGCUAAUAGGGAACCUUGAAGAUCUAUCUAAUUAUGGGAGGAAACUAUGUCUGGUUUAUAGUUUGCUAAAAACUUUAGUCUAUUUUAAUUGAUGAGAUAAUUUUCAUUUGUUUA